GCGCCUUUGUUGUUUUCAGUAAACGUACCGGUAUAUCUGCCUCAGGGUAUGUCAUCUGGUCUGACGACGAAAGAAGCCCUUUGUCGGCUAACUCAAACAUUGUCAAAUAUCAGGAUUCCAAAUAACGGCUUAGAGUGGACACGGGCUGCAUUUUUCGAUUUACCGUCACACGAAGUUUUACUUUGUUCUAUCCAUGCUUUAUCGGCGGUGAUGAUUUUUAUCGCCGCUAUGUUGCAGUGGAACGUUUCCUGCUCCCUAGGCGAUGUUGUCCUGAUGCUCACACUGUUGAUUGUACCUUUUUUCACACUGUGGCUCAUCCAUCGUCGACUUCGAGCACCAGGAAGCUAUGCAGCUUUCGCGUUAAAAAAGCUUUUAUCUGAUUUAGAUAUGGUCACUUCCAAAAAUAACGCUUUUUCGCCUCUUGUCUACCCUCGGUUUGACAUACUACCGCAUUUGAGUUCUGUUAUACAGUCAACUUUUCGAGAUGGCCGGUUGGUGUCUGUCCCAAUCAUUUUGUUGGUUCCUGGGGAUGUUGUUCUGAUCAAACCGGGACAAUCAAUUCCUGAAUUUUGCUCACCAGAUGGUGCUGUGCAGAAGGAAUCGAAUGGCGCUUCCCAUCUGGCAGGGGACCCUAGGGACGUCUGUAGAAAACCCAUGGUCCACACAUUGCACAAACCAAUCAGAGCUUUGGUGUCCGAGGCUCCAUUCGUGCAUCUUCUUCGGCGGUUUGAAGAAGCUCGCCGCCCCAAGAAAUCCGACUGGAGCUCACCUCUUGGAACUUUCAUAAGAGUUUUUCUCAUGUUCACAUUCAUCGUUAAGUGGAUAAUUUUGCUCCUGUUCUGCGUGACCCUCGUUGUCCGUAUAUGGAUAACCAAUUCGACCACUUUGUUAGCCUCUAGACCCAUUCUGUUCUCGUUUACGCUCAGUACGCUUGGCCGAUUUUUGUACUGCUCUUCAGGGCUGGGCCUGUCAGUUCUUUGGCUUUAUAGUGUCUCACUGGUUUGUGUUCGGGCUGAGAGAAUAAUCUUUCACCACAAGAAACGCUUGAGGACUGAGUGGGAUUUAACUCCCUCCUCGUCUGUCCCAUCAUCGCGUGUAUCUGUUAUCAGCCUGGCUUCUGAUGCUUGUGGAUCUCUACCCGGCACGCAAUCAGACAAACAUGAUCUACGAUCCCAUUUGCGUACAAUCUGGUCUAAGUUUUGUUUAGCACCAGAUCCUGCUCAAGAACAGCAGCUAUUGAUGCUCGGUGCCAUUAGUUCGGUGUGUUGCGUCAACCAGGAGGGCAUUCUCAGCCGUCCAAUUCCGUCACCGGAGAAAAUAUUUUUCUUCCAUCGACGGCGUCGCCGUCGUAACAAUCAUGCUCGUCUUAUCCACCAUCAAAUACAACGGGACCAAUCAGUCCAUUCACCCAACGGGACAACACAUCUCUCGUAUGUGAUGACUGAUGGAGGUUUCAAAAGUCCGCUAUCCACUUUUGCGCAGGGGGAAUCACGGAGACAUAGAUUGGGGAAGCCCCCGUGCGAAAUGCAUAGUCUGACGAACCAGUUUUCCAGUGCCUGCGUAUCCCACCAUGUUCCCCUCGAAAGUAGCACAGCUGUCUAUUCUGAACGACAUAGCGACCGCGUUGGAAGCUUUUGCAGUGAACUAGAAGAUCGUGGAAUCAUGCAUGGUAGUGAAAAUCCCUACAUAAUACCAAUGGUUUUAGACUUGCGCACUGAUGACCGUUGGCCAUACUUACCUCACUUCGAAAAACCUCGCUGGGUUCGUUUUCUGCCGUCCCUCAAACCGAUCGGGUUGUCCUUGCUGUUGAGUAAUUGUCACUCCAGUGUGGCCAGUGAACGAGCUCUUGUCACAGAUCAUCUGAUUGCCAGUAAUGCAGUAGCUCGAAGUGCGGACCGCUUUCUACCUUUCACACCUUUGCCGUUCUGUCUGUGUGGUUUGGCCCAGCAAAUCGGGUUUCAAGCCAGUGCUUCUACAGCAUUUGUCUCCUGUGGAUGUAUCGGCGCCUACAAUUUCGGUUCGCCGACUUGCCCCUUACCAACGAAAUCACUGCGCGAAAAUUCUCCGUUUCCAGAACAUAUCAGUGCUACUGGCCUUUCGCAUGAGGAGUAUUUGCCAUCGACCCCAAACUCCUCGUUGUCUAGUUGCUUUGCCGCUGUAUUUCGGGAUUCGAAUCCAUCUGGCAACUACCAACUGCUGUCUCAAGGAACCGGGGACAUGCUGUCAUCUCUCUGUUCUGACCUAUGGGAUGGUCGCGAUGUGGUCCCGAUGCAUUAUGCGGAGAAAAGCUCACUACUAGACUUCUACAAUCGAACUGCUUCUGCUGCUUUCUGUAUUGGGUUUGCUUACGCCCCAUUGUUAGAACGACCGACAAUCGUUCCUUCCCAAUCACUUGUGUCCGAUUUUGCAGAUACCUCGGCGGUUGUUCUCCUUCAGCUUCCCAGGUCCAAUCGCCUCCCGGCAUUGACGUUUCUCCUAAGCCAUAUUCCUACUCCUGUCCAUCACUAUCCUCGACCCUAUAGCGCCCAACUUCCACGACCAACCGUUGAUUAUGUUCGGGCUCGAAAUACCGCUGAUGCAUCAAAAGAACGUCGAGACAAACACCGAAGCUGGCAUGCAGGGCCUCAGUUCGCUCCCCGUGACCAUGAGCGAUAUGAUAGCUGUGCUAUACCUGAAGACUUCGUCGGCGCUUUUGAACUCUUGCAUAAGGACGAAGAAAAGACGCUUGUUGAGUUGGUUUCGUCUGGUGGCAGUGUGCCGGCUCAUAGUACUCGUAGUACAUGUUCAAGUACACAUAGUACACGAUCUUACGGUGAUACAAGCGUGGAUCCCAGGCAACUGUCAUCAGCAGUUCGAUCACAGAUCGAUGACUUUUCCACUCCGAAAAAGCCAUUCUAUGUCAAGAAUGAGCAGGAAAGUCCGUCUGAUCACGCAACGCCUACCGAGUUACAAACAGUGAUUGAAAACCAAAUAUUUCUUGGUCUCAUUAGUAUGCAGUAUCAAGUGAAUGCCAGUGUGUUGGAGACUAUUCGCCGGCUCAGUCAAGCGUGCAUCCGAUUCGUUCAUUUUUCUCGGGAAAAUGAACUUCGAAGUCGUGUGUUUGCAGAACGUCUUGGUCUGGAGUGCGAAUGGAAUUGUCACAUAUCGUUGGCCAGUCCGGGUCACGCAAACCCGUCCAACUCUGCUGCUGGACACAAUUCACGUGUGCGGAACGAGUGUCUUUUUUCAGUCUCGCAACUGAAAGAACUCUUCACUCAUGGAAGCAGUACUUCUUUCCAUCGCACCCACGGUCUCGUAAAAAAGAUCGCACUUGAACGUUCUGGUUCCGUUCCCCAUGCUCUUCCAUCCACGAUCAACAAGUUCAGAACCCUCGUACGUUCUCCGUCUGUUAUGACAGUGGUACCACACGUUAGAACAGUUGGUACUAAACGGGCAUUUGAUGGUUACCUCUCAUUUGGCUCUUCUCCGCUUGAUAUCAAUCUUUUACACAUGCGGUCUGAUGGGUCCAAUAUGAACCAAAACAACACCAACAACAACAGACGCAACACAGUUUCUCUGCAUUCCGACGGAAGCAGCACCAGUAGCGAUACAAUCAGUAGUACCAGUGUUGAAGACGAAACUCACAAUCCGGAACGAAACGAUACACUGAGAUUGUCAGACUACUUGACUCAGAACAAGUCUCGGCUUCCUUGCGGUAUCGAGAACAUCCGCCCACACCUGAUGCAUGUAGACAAUGUACCGUUGCAGGUCUCCCUCUUUACUGACUGCACCCCAGACACUACUUAUCAAAUGAUAACCAUACUGCAAGAGUACGGCGAGAUUGUUUGCACUGUUGGGAGCUGCUUAUCCAUCGAUAAUAUCCAGCCUUUGGCUCGCGGAGACGUUGCAAUUCUCAUGCUCCCCAUACUACCGCAGCCUUGUACUAUCUUUAAAGGCAACCCGUCAGACGAGCCGCCGCCUGUCUCAUCGCCGCUUUGCUUGGAACCAUCAUUCCGACGUCGACCGCGGAAAUGGUACAAACGAUUUUCUCACCGAUCUCAUCCCGUUGACCCUGAAACAAUUGCCUUGGAAACCCAAGAAUCGCAAUUACGCGAAUGCAUCACGCCGAUCGACUCCGUAGAACUGAGUUCCCGCAUCGUGAGCUUGCUCUUCCCCUGGGUUCUAGACAUGCAAACACAUGGUUUUCGAAUCUAUCCUUUGGUUCACGAGGUUCGCGCGAGUGUCAAUAACCUGUAUCUCUUGCUCACAUUCUCCGUGUUAGCUCCAUUGUCAGCUGCAUUGCUUCAGUGGCUCUUGCUUCUAGUCGGACUUCCAUCUCUGCCUCUCAUCACCCCGUCAUCCUUCGUCGCACAUUCCAGCUACUCUGCAUCUACUCCCGAUCGGAUCACAGUGUUAUGGCUUCCCUCUCAGCGAAUUCGAAUGCAUCUCCUUCCGAUUUCAGACAGGGAAUUACAACACCACUCAUUGGUGAACGUAGAAAAAGCUGUUCGCCUCAAUCACGAGUUGGCUCAAUCUGGAUACACCGCGGGGCAGUUGCUUUGGCUUAUUUUGUUCGUCGUACCAGCACUCAGCUUGUCCUUACUUGAUCGCCAAAUUGAACGAACUCGUCCACUUCGAGAACCACCAACUAAGCGCGGCAAACCAGUCAAUCUAAAGAAGUGCAUUCGGACUGUGGUAAUCACUGCUCUGCGCUUCCUUCCAUCCGUUCUGAAGUGCAUUCGGACUGUGGUAAUCACUGCUCUGCGCUUCCUUCCAUCCGUUCUGGUUUGUGCUGUUUGUGAGCUGAAUUAUUUCUUGUUCGCUCCGAGUUUCGACUCGUGUAACCGAAUAACAGUAAGCUCAGACAAUUGGACUCAACCAAGCGAAACAGAUGUUCCACUUUCAAACUUGUCCCUUGCCAGUGUUCCACAAUGUGUUAUUCAGCUCUCUGUGCUCACUGCCUUGGUGAAAGACGUAGUCUUCUUCCAGCUUAUCCUCUGUUUGGUUGCAACAUCUUUCGUCUUCGCCAAUUACGGUCAGCAUAUUUUUAAAUUCCGUUGGUCCUCUAAUCCGUCUUGGUGUGUGAGCGCCUUCUUAAUCCUCUUGCUGCAUUCGAUCUACCUAACCCUUCGCAUUUGCUUUUGGGCUGAUCUGUCAUCUAUUCGUCCGCGAGACUAUUUAUCCCUCGGCGUGUUCUUUGCUGGGCUCAGUUGGUGUCCGCUUCUAAUGGUGUUGAACGAACUAGUUGCCUGGAAAGAACGGCGGUUACUCAUGGCAGAGCAUCGCCUGGCUCGUUUGUACUUCGGAACUAAACUGGGCAUGUACUCGCCUGUUUGAGAAUCCAGAUUUUCAUUCUAAUAUAAAGGCUGUUUUGUUCACCUUCACAUGUUAUCAAACUCCAAACUCUAAUCUGUGCCAAAUUAUUCUGUCCAAUAGCUAUACAUUUGUGGUUCAUCC